AUGGCCAGAAUCUCUGCUACAUGGACCCAGAUUGCAUCCGGCGAACGUCUUCGACGCUCGUCUCAGGCAGUAUCAGUGCUGGGCAACCAUGCCUACAUCUUUGGUGGCGAGCUGAUCGCUAGACAGCCUGUCGAUAGUCAGAUAGAUGUUGUGGAGUUAAAGGCGGGCCAAGAUUCUGCAUCUAUCGAAACACUUCCUGCCUCUUCAUCAGGCCCCUCCCCUCGAGUCGGAUCUCCAAGCACUGUCUUAGGUGAUGCAUUCUACAUCUUCUCCGGGCGAGGUGGCCUCGCCAUGGAGCCCGUCGAGGAAAAUGGCGGCUUGUGGCGUUUCACCCCCUCCGGCAACAAAUGGGACUUCAUUAAGGCAGAAAUGAAAACUCACUCUCCCUUUCCUGCUGGACGGAGCUAUCACUGCAUUGCCACAGAUGGGGCUGAUCACAUCUUUGUCCACGCUGGCUGCCCGGAGAAGGGCCGAUUGGCAGACCUCUGGUCUUUCAACGUGACUUCCAAGACCUGGGUUCAGCUCCCUGAUGCUCCUCUUCCCGCUCGUGGCGGUCCAUCAAUCGCCUACUAUGAUGGAAAGAUCUACCGGAUGAACGGAUUCGAUGGGAAGACUGAGCGGGGGGGUGCUGUGGACAUCUUCAACUUGACCUCCCAAACUUGGUCGACAUUCUCAUUCGGCGCUGAUGGGAUUGAUGGCCCUGAGGCACGCAGCGUAUCGGCUGUUCUCACCAUCAGUAUCCAAGGCAAGGCCCAUCUCGUGACCCUGUUCGGAGAGCGAGACCCGAGCUCUCUUGGCCACGCUGGCGCCGGAAAGAUGCUGGAAGACGUUUGGGCCUUCGAUAUAGAGGGACAGACAUGGUCGAAGGUUGAUACGCAGGGGACCCCUCCCGCGCCCCGUGGAUGGUUUGACGCUGAUGCAACGCGAGAUGCUGUCAUUGUCCACGGUGGAUUGGCCGAGGACAACUCUAGGCUGGGGGACAUUUGGGAACUGAAGUUCAUUUGA